UAAAGACUCUCUCUUCUUCACUUCGCGAACUCACACAAAUCUCUCUUCGUUAAAAACCCAUUUUUGUAUCGUUGUUGUAAAGCUACAUUUACUACUACGAGGAAGAAGAAGAAGAAGAGGAAGCAGAACAGAGUUUUUUUGUUUUGUUUAUUGAAAUGGAGAAAAAACAAGGCUUUUUCUCAGCUCUCAGAGACGAAGUUGUGAGAGGUCUUUCGCCGUCACGAUCCAGGACAAGGUCUCGUUCCGCUAGUCCUGCUCGUUCUAAUUCGCCCAUGUCAGCUCUCACUUGGGGGAGAAAGAACUUCACCGGAGGAGGAGACGUCGGCGGCGGAGGAUACUAUUUGGCGCAACCGGAGCAGUUAAUCGGGAGAUCCGGGAGUUUGAGACCUGUAAUGGAAGGUCCUGAUCCAGAUGAAGGAGGAGGAGCUGGUAAUAUUGGAGAAUCUAAACGACUCGGGUCGGGUUUAGGCCAUUGGGUUAAAGGCCAGCUUUCUCGUGCUCCGUCUGUCGCUGCGACGGCGGCUUAUCGGAGAAAUGAUCUGAGACUUCUUCUUGGAGUAAUGGGAGCUCCUCUUGCUCCUAUUCAUGUCUCUUCCUCUGAUCCUUUGCCUCACCUCAGCAUCAAAAACACUCCAAUCGAAACAUCAUCUGCUCAGUAUAUUCUUCAACAGUACACUGCAGCUUCCGGUGGUCAGAAGCUACAGAACUCCAUUAAAAACGCUUAUGCCAUGGGGAAACUCAAGAUGAUCACCUCAGAGCUUGAAACGGCUACUAGAACUGUUAGGAAUCGAAACCCAUCCAAGGCUGAGACCGGAGGUUUUGUUCUUUGGCAAAUGAAUCCAGAUAUGUGGUAUGUUGAGCUAGCUGUUGGUGGUAGUAAGGUUCGUGCUGGCUGUAACGGCAAGCUCGUGUGGCGACACACUCCUUGGCUUGGUUCUCAUACCGCCAAAGGACCCGUGAGGCCUCUUCGCCGUGGACUUCAGGGACUAGAUCCGAGAACAACUGCUGCAAUGUUUGCGGAUGCGAAGUGUAUAGGAGAGAAGAAGGUGAAUGGAGAAGAUUGCUUUAUUUUGAAGCUAUGCACUGACCCUGAAACUCUUAAGGCGAGGAGCGAAGGACCAGCUGAGAUCAUAAGGCACGUUCUCUUUGGCUACUUCAGUCAGAAAACAGGACUCUUAGUUCACAUUGAGGAUUCACAUUUGACCCGGAUCCAGUCCAACGGUGGAGAUACUGUUUUCUGGGAGACCACGUACAACUCAUCCUUAGACGAUUACCGCCAGGUCGAAGGGAUCAUGAUUGCUCACUCAGGACAUUCGGUUGUGACCCUUUUCAGAUUUGGGGAAGUGGCGAUGAGCCACACUAGGACAAAGAUGGAAGAAAGCUGGACGAUUGAGGAAGUUGCGUUUAACGUUCCUGGUCUGUCCCUCGAUUGCUUUAUACCACCAGCUGACCUCAAGACUGGUUCUUUAACCGAAUCUUGCGACUACCCACAAGAGGAAAGAGGGAAGAACAACAACCUCGCAUUGACUGCAGCGCACAGGGCCAAAGUUGCCGCCUUGGAGAAUGGGAGCUUUGAAGAUCACCGCCCGGUUUGGCAUACUGAUGUCUAACGUUUAAAGAGAGCUUAUGACUAAAACAACCCUUGAAGGUAGCAUUAGCCGAUGAUGACUUUCAGAUGGAAAAAAGAUCAGGUGCAAUGUGUUCAUACGCCGGUAACUUAAGCUAACCCCUUUUAAGCAGCUUUAUUGAUUAGGAAUCAGGUUUGUUAGCAUAACAGAUGAUUCACGGGUUCAAACCGAACUCGAACGGAUCAUCCUUUUUUACUCUGAAUCUCAAGUGAAUGAGAUGGAGUUUUGGAUUUGGUUUUACUUAUCUUUCAGUUUGGGUUUAUUUUUUAAAAAAUUCUCACCUUCAAUAUUUUUGAGUAAGGUGAAGGCAAGAGAAGGAGAAUUGCCCUGCUUUACUUGUAGUUUCUACCAAUUAAGUGGUUAUGUUAAAAUCAACCCCUCUCUAACUAGGAAUCUUGAAUUUGUUCAUCUAUCUUUUUCAAUUCCAUGGAGAUAAGUUUGUCUCUUUUUGCUUUU